AUGAAAAGUGCAUGUGUGCAAGCCGACUAUUGCGCUAGUGCUGUUGCAGCGGGUGUGGGAGGGGUGCACCCGAUCGCGGUUACACAAACGCAGCGCGGGCGGUCGUCAGAGCGCGGGGCGACCUGCGUCGGCCGCCUGCUGCGAGCGACUGCCGCCCGGGCCGCGGCGCCGCGCUCACCACGCGGCUCCACGCACCGCCUGCACCGGCACCACGGCUCACGACCGCACCGCAACGCUGCACGCAACGCCCGGCCACCUGCUAACACGCUGCAGGCCUACGCCACGCAGAUAUCGAUGUUUUUUUUUUCUCACCGAGCGUGCCGCGCGACCGAGGGGCGGUGUGCACGCACCGCGGUGCGGGGCGCCGGUCCUGCGCGCUGCGUCACGCAUCCGUCUCGGCGUUUUCUUGCGUGUUCCCGCAACCGGCCAUCUGCAGAG